AUGUGAGAUCUACCAGACCUUCUGCGACAUGUCCACCAACGGAGGCGGCUGGACGCUGGUGGCCAGUGUCCAUGAAAACAACAUCUUUGGGAAAUGCACCGUUGGCGAUCGCUGGUCCAGCCAGCAAGGCAACAAUCCCAACUACUACCGCUACGGAGAUGGAAACUGGGCCAACAACAACACCUUUGGAUCCGCCAUAGCAGCCACAGCGGACUGCUACAAGAACCCAGGCUACUAUGCUCUUAGAGCCCAAGAUAUCUCCAUAUGGCAUGUUCCCAACAACACCCCAAUGAAGAAAUGGCGGGACGUUUCCUUCUUGAGAUACCACAGAGACACGCUUCUUGUCUGACCUAGGGGUAACCUUCUCCGGCUCUAUGAGAGAUACCCGGUGAAAUAUGAUGGUGGUAGCUGUCCAAAUGAUAACGGCCCAGCUAUCCCUAUUGUUUAUGAUGUUGGUGAUGCCCAGAAGACUUCAGAAUUGUACUCUCCCCAUGGACGGACUGAAUUUGUCCCUGGCUUCGUUCAGUUCCGGGUGUUUAAUAAUGAAAAGGCAGCGUUGGCUCUCUGCUCUGGCAUUAAACUCACCAGGUGCAACUCAGAACAUCACUGCAUUGGAGGGGGGGGCUUUUUCGCUGAAGGAAACCCCCGUCAAUGUGGUGAUUUUGCCAGCUUUGACUGGGACGGCUACGGGACUCACCGCGGGAGCACUUCACAAACCAUCGUGGAUGCGGCCGUGCUGAUCUUCUACCGCUGAGUCAGCAGCCGAAUCAGAAUCCGGAGAUGGAGGUGCCUGUCCCGGAGCAGAAAAAAUUAUGAUUUAAACACACAAUCUGACAACGCUUUGCAACAAAAACAAAAGCAGAACAUUAA